AUGGCACCUCUUACAACUUACUCAUUAAAAUGUUCCGGGCCCAAAGCAAAGGUUUUUGCAGUUUUGUUGUCUAUGGUUCUAUGCAAAGCGAUGUUAUUUCUUCUACAACUAAAAUUUCUAAAACCGAAAAUCAACAGCUUUUAUGCCUUUGAGGUGAAGGAUGCAAAAAGAAACAUCGUUUCUCUGGAAAAGUUUAAAGACAAAGUUGCACUAGUUGUAAACGUGGCUAGUGACUGCCAACUCACAGACAAAAAUUACUUAGCCCUGAAGGAGCUGCACAAAGAGUUAGAACCAUUCCACUUCAGCGUCUUGGCUUUCCCGUGCAAUCAGUUUGGAGAAUCAGAGCCCCGUCUCAACAAGGAAGUAGAAUCUUUUGUGAGAAAAAUCUACGGAGUAACAUUUCCCAUCUUCCACAAGAUUAAGAUUCUAGAAUCGGAAGCAGAACCUGCAUUUAGAUUUCUUGUUGAUUCAUCAAAAACGGAACCAAGGUGGAAUUUUCGGAAGUAUCUGGUCAACCAUGAGGGUCAAGUUGUGAAGUUCUGGAAGCCAGAGGAGCCCAUUGAAGUUAUCAGGCCUGACAUAGCAGAUCUGGUUAGACAGAUGAUCUUAAAAAAGAAAGAAGAUUUAUGA